UGGCAGCCCAGACAGCUAAAGGACAAGGCUGACUUCUGCAUCAUCCACUACGCUGGCAAGGUGGACUACAAGGCAGAUGAGUGGCUGAUGAAGAACAUGGACCCCCUGAAUGACAACGUGGCCACGCUGCUCAACCAGUCCACUGACAAGUUUGUGUCGGAGCUCUGGAAAGAUGUGGACCGCAUCGUGGGCCUGGACCAGGUGGCGGGCAUGGCGGAGACGACGUUCGGCGCCACCUACAAGACCAAGAAGGGCAUGUUCCGCACGGUGGGCCAGCUCUACAAGGAGUCCCUCACCAAGCUCAUGGCCACCUUGAGGAACACCAACCCCAACUUCGUCCGCUGUAUUAUCCCCAACCACGAGAAGAAGGCUGGUAAGCUGGAGCCCCAUCUGGUUCUGGACCAGCUGAGGUGUAAUGGAGUUCUGGAGGGGAUCCGUAUCUGCAGACAGGGCUUCCCCAACCGCAUCGUCUUCCAGGAGUUCAGACAGAGGUACGAGAUCCUGACCCCUAAUGCCAUCCCCAAGGGCUUCAUGGACGGGAAACAGGCCUGCGAGAGGAUGAUCCGAGCGUUGGAACUGGACCCCAACCUGUUCCGUAUCGGCCAGAGUAAGAUCUUCUUCAGGACCGGAGUCCUGGCCCACCUGGAGGAGGAGAGAGACCUGAAGAUCACUGACAUCAUCAUCUACUUCCAGUCUGUCUGCCGCGGCUACCUGGCACGCAAGGCAUUUGCUAAGAAGCAGCAGCAGCUGAGUGCUCUGAAGGUCCUCCAGAGGAACUGUGCUGCCUACCUCAAGCUGCGCCACUGGCAGUGGUGGAGACUCUUCACCAAGGUGAAACCUCUGCUCCAGGUGACCCGGCAGGAGGAGGAGAUGCAGACCAAAGACGAGGAGCUGGUCAAGGUGAAGGAGAGACAGAGCAAGGUGGAGGGAGAGCUGGUGGAGAUGGAGAGGAAACACCAACAGCUCCUAGAGGAGAAGAACAUCCUUGCAGAGCAGUUGCAGGCGGAGACGGAGCUGUUUGCCGAGGCGGAGGAGAUGAGGGCCCGCCUGGCCGCUAAGAAGCAGGAGCUGGAGGAGAUCCUCCACGACCUGGAGUCCAGAGUGGAGGAGGAGGAGGAGAGGAACCAGAGCAUGCAGAACGAGAAGAAGAAGAUGCAGUCCCACAUCCAGGAUCUAGAGGAGCAGUUAGAUGAAGAGGAGGCAGCCAGGCAGAAGCUGCAGCUGGAGAAGGUGACUGCCGAGGCCAAGAUCAAGAAGAUGGAGGAGGACAUUCUACUGCUGGAGGACCAGAACUCCAAGUUCCUCAAGGAGAAGAAGCUGCUGGACGACCGUGUGGCCGAGAUGACCUCCCAGCUGACAGAGGAGGAGGAGAAGGCCAAGAACCUGGGCAAGGUCAAGAACAAGCAGGAGGUGAUGAUGGUUGACCUGGAAGAGCGCCUGAAGAAGGAGGAGAAGACUCGCCAGGAGCUGGAGAAGGCCAAGAGGAAGCUAGACGCUGAGACCACGGACCUCCAGGACCAGAUAGCUGAGCUACAGGCCCAGAUAGAGGAGCUCAAGAUCCAGCUGGCCAAGAAGGAGGAAGAGCUACAGGCCGCUCUGUCCAGGGGUGAUGACGAGGCGGCCCAGAAGAACAACGCUCUGAAAGCUGUGCGGGAGCUGCAGGCCCAGCUGUCAGAGCUGCAGGAGGACCUGGAGUCAGAGAAGGUGUCCAGGAACAAGGCAGAGAAAGUCAAGAGGGACCUCAGUGAGGAGCUGGAGGCUCUGAAGACUGAGCUGGAGGACACUCUGGAUACCACCGCUGCCCAGCAGGAGCUCAGGACCAAGCGAGAGCAGGAGGUGGCUGAGCUGAAGAAGGCCAUCGACGAGGAGACCAAGAACCACGAGUCUCAGGUCCAGGAGAUGAGACAGAGACACUCCACUGCCCUGGAGGAGCUGUCUGAGAAUUUGGAGCAGGCCAAGAGGUUCAAGUCCAACCUGGAGAAGAACAAGUGUACCCUGGAGAGUGACAACAAGGAGCUGGUGAGCGAGGUGAAGGGGCUUCAGCAGGCCAAGACAGAGUCAGAACACAAGAGGAAGAAGAUGGAGGCUCAGCUGCAGGAGUUCAUGGCCCGAGCCACCGAGGGAGAGAGGGCUAAAGUAGAACUGGCCGACCGCACACACAAACUACAGACGGAACUGGACACUGUCUCCGCCCUGUUGGAGGACGCUGAGAAGAAGGGAAUCAAGCUGGCCAAGGAUUCAGCAGGCCUGGAGAGUGCGUUACAGGACACACAGGAGCUGCUCCAGGAGGAGACUCGUCAGAAGCUGAACCUGAGCUCUCGUAUCCGUCAGCUGGAGGAGGACAAGAGCACCCUGCAGGAGCAGCAGGAGGAGGACGAGGAGGCCCGCAGGAACCUGGAGAAACAACUGGCCACGCUGCAGGCUCAGCUGUUUGAGUCUAGGAAGAAGCUGGAUGAGGACGUGGGGACCCUGGAGUCUCUGGAGGAGGUGAAGAGGAAGCUACAGAAGGACAUGGAGUUGACCAGCCAGCGGCUGGAGGAAAAAGCCUCCGCCUUCGAUAAGAUGGAAAAGACCAAGACCCGCCUGCAGCAGGAGCUGGACGACCUCAUGGUGGACCUGGACCACCAGAGGACCAUCGUCUCGAACCUGGAGAAGAAGCAGAAGAAGUUCGACCAGCUCCUGGCUGAGGAGAAGACCAUCUCUACCCGCUAUGCUGAGGAGCGUGACAAGGCCGAGGCUGAGGCCAGGGAGAAGGAGACCAAGGCUCUGUCUAUGGCCCGGGCUCUGGACGAGGCCCUGGAGGCCAAGGAGGAGUUUGAGAGGCUCAACAAGCAGCUGAGGACUGAGAUGGAGGACCUGAUGAGCUCCAAGGACGACGUGGGCAAGAGCGUCCAUGAGCUGGAGAAAUCGAAGCGCACCCUGGAGCAGCAGGUGGAGGAGAUGAGGACCCAGCUGGAGGAGCUGGAGGACGAGCUGCAGGCCACAGAGGACGGCAAGCUGCGUCUGGAGGUCAACAUGCAGGCCAUGAAGGCCCAGUUCGACAGGGACCUGCAGGCCAGAGACGAACAGAACGAGGAGAAGAAGAGGACGCUGGUCAAACAGGUUCGUGAGAUGGAGGCAGAGCUGGAGGAUGAGAGGAAGCAGAGAGCCCUGGCCGUGGCAGCUAAGAAGAAGCUGGAGAUGGACCUCAAGGACCUGGAGGGGCAAAUAGAAGCAUCCAACAAGGCCAGAGAUGAAGCCAUCAAACAGCUCAGAAAACUACAGGCCCAGAUGAAGGACUACCAGAGGGAGUUGGAGGAGGCCAGAGCAUCCCGUGAUGAGAUCUUUGCACAGUCUAAAGAGAACGAGAAGAAACUAAAGGGCCUGGAAGCUGAGAUCCUACAGCUGCAGGAGGACCUGGCGGCUUCAGAGAGGGCCCGUAGACACGCUGAGCAGGAGAGAGACGAGCUAGCCGACGAGAUCUCAAAUAGCGCCUCUGGAAAGUCGGCCCUGCUAGAUGAGAAGAGGAGGCUGGAGGCCCGCAUCUCGCAGCUGGAGGAGGAACUAGAGGAGGAACAGAGCAACAUGGAGCUGCUCAACGACCGCUUCCGCAAGACCACCAUGCAGGUGGACAUCCUGAACACGGAGCUAGCUGGGGAGCGCAGCGCGGCCCAGAAGAGUGAGAACGCCCGUCAAGGAAUGGAGAGGCAGAACAAGGAGCUGAAGGCCAAGCUGGGAGAGCUGGAGGGGGCAGUCAAGUCCAAGUUCAAGGCUGCCAUCACCGCCCUGGAGGCCAAGAUACUGCAGCUGGAGGAGCAACUGGAGCAGGAGGCCAAGGAGAGGGCAGCAGCCAAUAAGAUCGUCCGACGCACAGAGAAGAAGCUGAAAGAGGUGGUGAUUCAGGUGGAGGACGAGCGUCGCCAUGCCGACCAGUACAAGGAGCAGAUGGAGAAGGCCAACUCUCGUAUGAAGCAGCUGAAGCGUCAGCUGGAGGAGGCUGAGGAGGAGGCUACCAGGGCCAACGCCUCCCGUAGGAAACUACAGAGGGAGCUGGACGACGCCACCGAGGCCAGCGAGGGCCUGACCCGCGAGGUCAACACACUCAAGAACCGCCUCAGGCGUGGAGGCCCCAUCAGCUUCUCGUCUAGCCGUUCAGGCCGCAGCCGGCAGCUCCAGAUCGACGGAACCUCCGUGGACAAUUCUGACGACGACGCCGACAGCCGCGCCAGCGACCACAACGACACGCAAGCCUCCAACCAGACAGAAUAGACGCCUCCUGCUAAUCCUACCAACCCUAUCGAUUAGCCAGCCUGGCAGCAUGGUGACUACAACACCUCAGCCUCUCCAUCUGUCCCCGAGUCAACAGCAGGGAGAACCAGGGUCCUGUUCAUUAAGCACCAAAACAGAAGAAAACAGUCCGAAACAGGGAGGGACUACCUGGAUUUGUCCAAUAAGAACCGCUCGUUUUCAUUUUCCGUUGAAAGACGCUUUCAAACGUUUUGCUACGGUGUGUUCUAAUGAAUACGACCUAGACCACCCCACCCCUCCCAGAAAUGCUCCCUCCCUGGGGAUGACAAAACAAUUACUCCCACUUGAGCGGCUUACUCUGCCUUACUCUAACAAUAUUCCUACUCUACUUUGGCUAGCUGCUCGGCCCGGCGAGUGUCCCAACGAUCUUAAUAUAGUCCUCCCUAGGCGUGGAAUUAUGUGCUUAAAUUAAUAUGUAAACUUAUGUCCAAGUGAUUUUUACUUAUGAACUAUGCGUGUGUGCACAUGUGAGUAUGUAAGGUAUGUGUAUGCCCCUGAAUGCCAAACUGCAAGGAAAGGAGCGAAACUAGGAAAUGUUCACUUUUGUCAUCCUCCUCCCACAUGAAACAAAACAUUGUCUUGUAAUACAAGUGUGUCACCAAAUGUAAAGCCAUCAUCUCUCCCCUGGCUUAAAGCAGGCCUAACAAAACUCUGUCCUCUCCGAUGAUAGUCCUAUUCAACAAUAGGUCAGAGGUCAAUGGACUGCCUCCGCUUCCCUCAUUGCAUGAAUCUCUUCCUGAUGUACAGACUAUUGUUCCGCUUCUAAACACUACAAUGAAACAAGAUGGUGGAUUCACACAGUCUGACCUGUUCUGGGAGAAAAACAUGGAAUGGAAAGGAAGUUUUAACUGUGAAAAGCUUUUCUCCACUUGCCACAGCAUCUCGUCACAACACUUUAAAAACAAUUGGUAACUGACUUCUUAUAGGAAUCGCAUAGGUCAUGAUUGACGUUUUUUGUUGUUUUGUAUUUUGACCAAUUGUAACACUAUUUUUCCUGUUGUUCAGGAAGAAGGGUUGAAGGCAGUGAAGUGUGGUAUGCUUAGAUAGAUGGUCGCUGGCGUACGUAUCACAGAGAAUCGCUGGAAACUGCACAAUGAGUGUUCAUAUGCCCCUGUAACUGGAGCCAGGAAACCCCAAGCUUCUCUCAUGAGUGGUCACAUGAUGUACAAUACAGCCCCUUAGUCCAACACUAAUGGUGAGAGCUUCGAUUGAACGUGUAGUUUGACUAGCUAAAGCCUACCGCUCAGAGCAAGGGAGACUGCCAUCUCACUGUGUUUGUGCCAUGGUUUGGUAGCAAAGUAGGACCCCCAACUCUCUCUUAUAAUACGCUGACACACCAACUACCAAGCACUUAGUAUUCCUAGAUAUAACAGCCUUCUACUGGGGAUAGCAUCUCAAAGCUCUAAAACUAUUAAGCCACUCUUAACGUCCCAGAAUGUCCAUAUCCAUCAGCGCUCUCUAUUCUUCCUUUGGCAUCUCUGUUCAGUAUUAAAAGAUGGUAAUAUAUGUAAACUGCCACUUUCAUUUGACUUUUACUCCAAUGUUAGCUCAGCUGUAAUGACAUGUUUCUUUAAAGUGCCUUAGACACUAGAUAAGAGCAUUAAUGGGUAAUGCACGGUGAGCACCUGUAUUAAAAAGAAAGACGUGUAGGUGAGCACCUGUAUUAAAAAGAAAAACGUGUAGGUGAGCACCUGUAUUAAAAAGAAAGACGUGUAGGUGAGCACCUGUAUUAAAAAGAAAGACGUGUAGGUGAGCACCUGUAUUAAAAAGAAAAACGUGUAGGUGAGCACCUGUAUUAAAAAGAAAGACGUGUAGGUGAGCACCUGUAUUAAAAAGAAAGACGUGUAGGUGAGCACCUGUAUUAAAAAGAAAGACGUGUAGGUGUGCACCUGUAUUAAAAAGAAAGACGUGUAGGUGAGCACCUGUAUUAAAAAGAAAGACGUGUAGGUGAGCACCUGUAUUAAAAAGAAAGACGUGUAGGUGUGCACCUGUAUUAAAAAGAAAGACGUGUAGGUGUGCUGUACGUGUUACAUAAAAACCUAACGAGGCAAACCUGGUGAACGGUAAACAAACACUUUUUCUUCUUCUUUGUCUUGUGUAUUUUUGCUGUGUGUCAUAUCAUACCCAGUGUGCACCUCCUCUCCCGUUCAUAUACCUGUAGCAAUGUCUCCAUAGGUAGUGUGUGUGUGGGUCAGAAAUCAGUGUUACUAUUAACUGUGUGAGAUGUGGAGCCUUCUGCUCCCCCUUCAAGAGCAGAAUGUGAUUUCAUUUGGUUAAAAGCUUUAACAUCCAUGAUGUAGUUUUACUUGUAUUAUUAUUAUUAUUCUCAGACUGGCUGUUGACGACCAGGCUUUCAUUACAACUUCAAAU